GGCUCGGAGGAGACACAUGCUCGACAGACACAGGGGUUCUCACCCCCUUGUUGCUCCUCCGAGGAAGAGGCCGCACCCGCCGACCCGAUGGAGGAGUGUUCGGACGGCGUGGUUUUCCUGGCGGGUGCAGCCUUGCUGACCAUCUCGCUGUGUUGCCUGUCGUACGUGAUCUCGCUGUACGUUCAGGUGGCCAGGGACAGCCACUGGGUCAGCUCCUUCCUAGCAGGCAAGCCCAAGCCUCCCGUGCCUCCGAAGCCCACAGCGCUGCUCUCGGAGGGAGGCACCCGCCGCCCCAUCAUCACCGUGUCGCCGUUAACCGAGACGACCGAGCAGAACCAUGCCAAUGGUGCCACGAAAGAAGGUGACAGUUUGGAAGACCCCUGCAAAAAGGAGACGGCUCACGAGGUGACGGUAGUCAUUGAACACCGAGCAGAAGCGGAGGCCCUGUGCAACGGUUCGAACGACGCAAUGCCUGCGACCGAUGACAAAGUCGACCCCACUCCGAGCACUAGCGCGCAGCCAGUGCAAAACGGCGAGUCCGAAGCGCAGUCCAAGGACACGCAGCAGCCAUCAGACAGCAGCAAACGAAAUACCAUAACAGAGGACUGGUCCAUCAAGGACAAUGUUGAGUCGGGAGACGAAGCAUGCUGCACACGACUCUCGCAGCUAAUUCACCGCAAGGCGAAGGAGCUGUCCACUCACCUGACGAAGCCACCAAAACCGCUCAAGCCCCUCAAGGAGAGCAAAGGACCACCAGCGCAACCAAAAAGCUUCGGUGACGAAAUUCCAGGAGGGCGGCACGGCAUUCGCUACGCUGACGAAGACACUGAGGCCAGCUCCGACUAUCAAGACGUCGACUUUAAAAAACUCACAGUGGCGGAAGUGACUACUGUGUCUGUUCACAAGGAAGGCACGCCCAAGCCGGUUGUUGAAGAAAACGAAUACGAAAUAGUUGAAGUGCCUCGUGAAGAAGUCAAACCCACACCCCUGCCCGUUGCCCCCAUUAUGGUCAUUAUAGAAGACGAAGCAACAAAGCAGUCCGGCGUCAUUCCCGAGGAGACCCAGAAGAAGACACGGUCUCUGGAAAAGCCCAAGAGGCCACCGCCGCCUAAACCAGAAGCAGCGAAAAAGCCGCGCGUUCGAUUCGGAGUCGAAGUAUUUCCCUCUGACAUCAUCGCUGCCAUGGCUGCGAAGAAGAAAGGUAGCGGUGCCACGACGGAAUCUAAUGUGUCUCAGUCCGCGGCAGCCAAAACAGAAGCAGCUUCAGCAAAGGACACGCUUUCCGACAAACAGGUGCAGGAGGAGACUCCUCUGGAAAACCCCAUUCUUGUCCGAGUCAAGGAGAGGGAGGAGCCAAGUCCCGUGCUUUCGACCAAGAUGCCAAAGUCAAUGUUCCCCGCCUCAUCUCCCGUCAAAAAGGUGAAGCCCCAGCGACCUCCUCCUCCGAAGAUUCCUCCCGCCGCUUCGUCGCCUCAUCCCCCUUGUUCACCUCCGCCUCCCCCUUCAUCACCUCCCAAAUCCCUAGAGGAGACAACAGCGUUACCUGCUAGUGCUGCGCCGAGUACGACCUUGGAAAGCACUCCUGUCGCAGCAGAUGAAAGCAAGAGUUCAGAACCUGUCGAAAAUGCUGUUCCCAAAGAUUCGGUAGUUGUGACGGAAGAAGCUAAAGUCAUUCCAACAGAAGUGCCUUCAUGUUCCCCCAUUGUUUCUGAAGAACCUGUGAUAGAUAGCGAAGUGGUUGCCGCUGCAGCAAAAACCGUUGCGGAUGUUUCCAAGUCCAGCGAAACUCCACGAAAGAAGCGAACACCCCCGCCGAGGCCGCCACCUCCAAAGUGCAAGCCAAAGCCAGUGGAGACAGCGGCGGUGGCCACAGUGAAGCCCACAGUUUCCCAGAAGCCAGUGGUUUCACAAAAGCCUGGGACCCCGCAGAAGCCUGUGCCUUUGCAGCGGCAGGUCGUUUCGCCGCCGAUGUCCAAGCAAGCAGUUCAGUCCGGCAUGAAUGUGUAUAGUCAGACAGAUGACCUCGUGAUGUUUCGUGCGAAGAACAUCGUAGCCGAUCUCGAUGCCCUCUUGGCUCAGAGGGAAGCGGAAGAGGCGGCACGGGCAAAUAAUUUGUCCUGCAUCGAGGCAUCUCUCAAAACAAUGGCGCGGGAAGCCGCACAUCAAUUUAAACCAUUCGAGGAUUCAACGUGCGGAACUCUUGACUGCAAAAGAGAAGACGUUCCACAGGCUCCACCACGAAAGCGGCGGCAGCGCUCGAGGACAGUGGAGGCAGUCAGGGUCUCGGGAGAAGAGCAGGCCAGGCGACUACGGAGAAGCCGCUCGCUGUCGGACGCCGAUAUCCGAAUCAAAACGGCCCAGAGGCUUGGCCACGAAGACAGUUCUGAUGUUGCAGCUACUAUAACCGAAACAUUUGUGAUGGUCUUGGAGUCGCCUCUUACGAAAAAGGAGCUGAAGGACCUGUACACUAAUGUCACGGUAGCCCCUACAAAAGAGCGUCGCUUCAAGGACGUCCCACAUCCGGUACCUACAACAGGAAUGCGUUUCAGACCUCUUCCACCGCCUCCACCUCCACCGCGAGGGAAGUUGAAGUUGCCAACAUCAUCUGCGCCAAGUUCUGCCGACGACAACCCUUCAACUCCACCAGCAACAGCAGCAGCAGCUGAAAGUGAACCUCCAAGCGCUCAUCCGAGGGAAGCUCCUGCCCAGGAACCGAGUGAAACCCCAGCGGUGCCCGAGAGAGUUGAAAUGAGGACAAGUCCAGCUAAGCGUGAUUCCAAGCGCGAUUCCAAGCGUGAUUCUAAGCGUGAUUCCAAGUCCGAAUCACUCAGCCGGCAAAGCACCAAGAGCGGAAGCACAUCUCCAAAGGUUCAGCAGAACGGGGAAGCGAAGGCAUUCCGGCUUUCCAACAGCACCUUCUACGGGCCGCCGCUCGAAAUCCCGCCGGAGGCGCAGAGGGGUGCCGAGUCACCGAGCACGGAGCCCAAUGCCAGCAGCGAAAAGUCACACUCCAGCUGGUACGACGACAGCGAUGCGUCGGGCGACAUCGCGGAUGUUGACUCGCCGGCAGUGCCCAGUGACACUGACCCCACGGUCAGCUCGCGCCGCUCGGACUCUUCUCCCGGGUCGGUGCAGCGGUCGAAGACGAGGCUGAAGGAGAAGAAACGUGCGAGCGCGAAGUUUUACUGUGACGUCGAAGCGGAGCGAGGAAGUUCGACGGAUGGCGACGUGCCGCCGCGUGCUUCCUCCAGGGCGAGCGGUUCGGACAAGAUGGUUGAGGCAGCUGAGAGCAAAGGGGAGGACACUGACGAACUCCUCGAGAUGGCUGAAGGUCUGCAGAAGGAGAUGACUAAAGUCCUGGUUGAAAGACAGAAGAGGCUGCUGGAGACAUUCGACAGCGAGCUGUCAGCGCAGAGGGCGGAAAGUGAAUCCAGGGAGCAGAGGCUGACGGACGAGAAGGACUCGCCUUCGCUCAUGCCUCGCAAGGAUCUCCCCAGCGUCCACUCAUCAGCCUCAGAGGUGAGCUGGCAGGGUUCAUCGGAAGAGGAGAGCGAUGGGGAAGAGACGCGGAACAUGUCCCUGGACGAGGCCGCCCGACACCGAAGGAAGCGCAAGUGCAUGUACAUUGCCCGGGAGAUGGCCAGCUCGGAGCAGGUUUUCGUCGAUGCGCUGCACCUGCUCAACAAGGACUUUAGAGAAGCCGUACGAGCAGCUAGUGAAGAACGCGGUUCCCCGAUCGUCCCCGAUGAUGUUCUGGACCAGAUUCUCAAGCACCUUCCCCACCUGGUGGACUUGAACGAGGAGUUGCUCGGGCAGCUGCAGGAGCGCGUUGACAACUGGGAAGGUAAGGAGCAAGUAGCGGACGUGCUCAUCAAGAUGGGUCCAUUCCUCAAGCUGUACUCAUCCUACAUCAAGGACUUUGAGGCCAUGACAGCCACUCUGGAAGAGGCCAAGCGGAAGUACCCCGAAUUUCAGAAGGUUGUCCGCAGUUUCGAGCUAAGUCCUCGCUGUCGGCAGCUGAGCCUGCAGCAGUACAUGCUUAAGCCAAUCCAGCGGAUACCCCAGUACCGGCUUCUGCUCACUGACUACGUCAAGAACCUGGAAGUAGACACGCCCGAGUACCGCGACGCCUGCGCAGCUCUCGAGAUCGUGUCCCAAGUGGCCCAGCACGCCAACGAGAGCAUGAAGCUCGGGGACAACUUCUCCAAGCUGAUGUCACUCCAAAACAGGAUCUCUAACCGCUACGAAGUGCUGAAACCAGGAAGGACUUUCUUGAAGGAGGGCGAGCUGAUGAAGGUCUCUCGGAAGGAGAUGCAGCCAAGGUACUUCGUUCUGUUCAGCGACAGUCUCCUCUAUUUGGUGCCAACGCCCCAGGGCUUCUACAGGGUCAACUAUGAACUUCCCUUGUCUGGCAUGAAGGUGAUGGUGCCUCCGCAACAGGACUACCAAAACGAGUUCAGCGUCUACACCACAAAGCGUUCCUUCAUCUUGUCUGCCAGCUCGCCUGAGGAACGUGAGGAGUGGAUAUCGGCCCUGACUAAAGCCAUCGAGGACAACAUCCAUCGCAAGAGCUCCUUCCACGUCCUGAAAAAGGAGGGUUCGCAGUCCUCAACGAGCUCCGAGUUGGGCCGCGAAGCUCCCGUGUGGAUUCCCGACCAGCGUGUGACCAUGUGCCAGCUGUGCACAAGCGGCUUCACCUUCACCCACCGGCGGCACCACUGCCGGGCCUGUGGCAAGGUGGUCUGCGCCACCUGCUCCUCCCACCGGCUGCCGCUACCCUACCUGGGCAGCGACAAGCCCGUCCGCAUCUGCGACGACUGCUUCCGCUCCCUCCAGUGUGGUGGUGAACUGAGGGACCAUCCAGAAGCAGAUGGAGAUGGCGACCAAAGCCAGGCAAGAAGAAAGAAACAUGGCGGAGUUCUCCAGGAGGUUGCAGCCAAUGACCUGGGAUCGUCGAUCAGCGGCUACCUGCAUCAUUGGUCAAAGAAAGCCUGGAAGCGGCAGUGGUUUGUCGUUAAGGAGCAUGUGUUGUAUGUCUACAAGGCAAGUGAGGACGUAGCUGCUCUUCGGACGGUUCCACUUCUCGGCUACCAAGUGGGCACAGUCAAAAAGGGCUACGAAGAAGUUCCACGAGAGCAGCUCUUUCUUCUGGAACACACGGGCCUUGACCCGCUUAUCUUCUAUGCAGACACACCAGAUCUUGCAGCAAAGUGGCGGGAGGCAAUGGAAGAGGCAACAAAACUGAGCUGAGACAAUGAUCACUGCGAAGAAUUGACAAAAAUAUGAACGCAGCAGCCACCGUGCUUCGUGAGAGAAGGCGUCUGGUCCAGCCACAAGUCGGAGACAGUUUCGAACACUGAAACCACGUUCAGGAGUUCCUUCUGCAACUCGCUGUCAAGCAACCAGCCCAGGAGAGCCAUUCAUAAUCUCUGGGUGAAAAAAUAAGUUGAUGCUGUGCCGAGUGCCUUAUCCACUUACCUCGUCUCUGCUGCAAAAGUUGUAAUCUCAUUCUGCAAAAUAAGCGCCAGCCGGUUGUCGUGCCUUACAAUCGAACCGCCAUGCCGUCCACGUGGAAAGAAGGCAUACCCACACUUGGUGAGGGGCCUGAAGAUACUACUAGCUGCUUGCAGGAAAAUCAAAUGGUCCUUCUUUCGUGAAUGUCAUUUUGUGUGUGUGUGUGUGUAUGUGUGUGUGUAUGUGCACGUGUUCAGACUUGAAAAAUGCCCCGACAUCGGGGGGGUUCUUCACAUUUGCUCUUAUUACGUAUCUGCCUCUUUUUGAUACAUUUUCAUUUCUCCUUGUAGGUUCCUCGUGCGAGACCUAACAUGUCAUGUUAGCGCAUUGUGCCAUUCCCUAGGCUCGCUUCUUAAUUUAUUGCUGCCAUCGCUGCUUGAAAUCGCCACAAAAUGUCGCGUUGCCUCGUUAGCUUGUGCAGGAUGUGCAGCCCUCCUAGCUCUGUUUGUUCCUCGUACAAAGUUUUAUACUUCAACAUGUUUCGCGGUGCGCACUGAUUCUUUGUGCGAUGAUCCGGAGCUAAGUGCUCCUUGUGUGUUCUUUUUUAGAAUGUUGAUCCUGUGUGGAGCCCAAUUUCAUAUUCAGCGAAGUUGUGAUGGAUUGUAACAAAGCAUGUCACUUUUUAAAAGGAACUUCAGCGUCAGCAAUCUUGUCAAAUACAGUCUUCUCCCGUUACAGGUUGAUUGCAUGCCAAGAUAUGUAGUCGAAAGGAAAAAUUUGGAACACGUCCGUGUUUCAUUGUAAGCUUUGUGAUGAAGCCUUGCUUCAUAAACCACGUUGCCAAAUGAAUACGUCAAUUCCUCAGGUGCAUCCGACUGUUUUGUAGCCACUUCGAGGCCACACUAAUUGCUUUGCGUGUGGUCGUAGCCGUGCAGUUUUAUCGGUAUCAGCGUAGUGAUGCAAGAAAGGUGCUCUACUGCAUGGGUUUUUACUGCCUUGCAGAAUGUUUGAAAGGUGGAGGUUUUUUUAUUGAUUGUUGUUACGAAUAGCUCUGCACCACUCCGUGCCUUUUUUGCAUUGGACGAGCUAAAACAUAUGCAGGCAGACUUGUGAUUGCCAUUGUGCCUUUUUUUUUUUUAUAUAACUUAACAGGAUAUCAUGUGAAUCCAAGUUGUUAGGGCUGCGUGCAAUGUCAAGACGAGGAGGACAGUUGUUGAUUUUUUCCAACUAGUUUGAAUGUUCAAUCUUUUGAUAGUAUAUAAUAUAUGUAUGGUAUAUAUAUAUAUAUUUGCUUUGUAAAUAAAACAGUUGCCAACGAA